UGCAACUAACAGUUUCCUAUAAUCAUUGCAGUGGAAAGUCAAUCUUCGAAAAGGAAGCUUAAACAAUUCUGCCAAAAACAUCACAACAAAGUUUUCCAAGUUUCCAAAAUAUGACGGAAAAUAUCCUUCGGGGUCAACAAGUUGAACUGCAAGCCCUUCCCAGGGCUGUGACCAGAAACACAGAAAGAUGGAUCCUUUCCAAGAGAGGCUGCUGGGAUCCGAAGCAGCACGGGAAGACGCCCCAGGCGAGCUGCUGUGGCUUGGGGCGCGGAGCGGGUGGCAGCUGCUGGGGCAGUGCUGCCAUGGCCCAGGCACAGCUCAGCUCCUGGCUGCUCCUGUGUGUGUUUGCUGCAUUCCAGAGGCUGACAGAUGAACAUCCUCACAGCGGCACCAACAGAGCCCGUCGUGGCCCAGAGGACGCUGGCAUCAUGUUAGAGAUGCUCUGGGGAAGGCUGGAUAUUCAGGCCAACGGGUCAAUCCGUCUGCGGGAUGAAGAGCUGGCCUCCCUACGCCCGGCACGGCGCUUCCUGCAGAUUUUAGAGGAGGAAGUCCCCAAAACACCGGCAGAGAUUGAGCAGCAUCUGAGAUAUUAUUCACUGACUGACACUCCCUUGCCUCCGACAGAGUUUGACCGUCUCCUUUUCACCAGUGUUUACAGUGCCUAUCAGGUUCGCUCCACGCAGGGUCUGGAUAAAACCCCUUGGAUUGGCUUUUUCUCUCAGCUGGUUGAUGAAAUCUUUCGUGACCUGUGCAAGGGGCUCUGCCCUGCAAAUACCACUCUCCUCCAGGCUUCCUGGCCUUGGAAGGAGAAGCCUUCACAUUUAGCAUCCCUGAAACAUUUCUAUCGCUCUAACCUGGCCAGGACCAAGAGAGACACCUAAUGAGGGAACCCACCGUAGGAAAGGGCACACCUGGCUUCAGCUGCCUUCUUGGUUAUUUUCAAUGCUUUCCACAGUAUGCAGGAUUUCAAAUAAAUAUGCCACACCUUUUUGUCCUGCUUUCUGCACUGUGCUGGUAACCCUCUCAGGAUUUAUGCACAAGCUUUUAUUUUUAAAUGAAAAAAGACAAAACUGUAAAGUGCAUUUCUCUCUUUUCUGAUUUUUUCCUAAGUGGGCUGUGCUGAAGGGGGCAGUGCUAUUUAGAUGUCUUAUCUAUCUUGACCACUGAUGCUCUGGAGAGAUGGUUUGGAAGUAUUUUUCCAGGAUAUUAUGCUGGUGUCACAGCUGACUUCAUUUCAGAUAAUUCAGUUCACUUUCCUUAUAUUCUCCCUGUGGUUUCAGACAAAUACAAGAUCUUCUCUCCAGUAGCAGCUAAGCAGGUUUUGUUGUGUUCCAUGAUAUAGGUCACAUAUUUAAUUUAAUUUUUCUCCUCAUGUGGCAUCAUAUUUUAUAUGUCAACAGCAAUUUCCCGUCUCAUGUAUUCAUUUUUCUUUAAAAAGCAAUGUGAAAAUGUAUGUAUUCCACAAAGAUUUCUAGUAUUUGCAUAUCAUAUUUACACAUAUACACAGCUUUGUUUCAGUUAUCAUUUUGGAAUAUGCUUCCUGAAAUCUCAUUUAAAUUCUGAAGGAUCCUGACCUAGUUAUUUCUUCAGCAGAUUUUGCCUCUCUUCUAUAAAGUGUUUUGGUUUUUUUUGGUUUUUUUU